AAACGACCCCAAGUCCCAGUUUAUACAUGACAGGAUGGGGAUGAAUCCAGGAUCUUCGUCCGCCGGUCUAUUGUCGACUCAAGAUCUUCACGACAUGCAAACAGCGACAUGAUACCACUUGACACCGCAGAAACAACUCCACCUGCUUCAAUCUCCCCGCCCCAGGCCUCAAGUUAGGCGCAGUCCGACUUGCAUGGUCUCAGUCACUGGACCAGGCUGACCCUGUCCUGUUCAACCACGCAGCCACUCGAGCCACGACUCACCGUCGAUCCCCAGACUUUAACGUCCUCUCCUCCUUCCCGGCCUUUUCCAUCCCCAGGAAACUCCAUUCUAUGCGUGCCAUAUGUCCCAAUCUUCCCACCGCUCGAAAGCGCCCGGCCGGGGCGUGAACAGUCUGCGAAAUGGGGACAAGGCAUCCAGGGAUCAUUCCAGGGUGCGCAGAAAAUCAAUCAAUGUCAACGAUGCCUACCUCUACGCUCUACGAGUCGCCUACCUUUCCUACCUCUUGCAACCUCGCACGUUCCGCAAGAGACAUGUCGAGACGAAGCCUCCGGUCAAUCGCGCCAACACCUCUCACUCUUUCCAUGACUUGAUGAACGAUUUCACCGUCGUGCGAGACUCCAAGAGUACAAGAUUCCCCCACGACUUUAUUAAAGAGCUGGAAAAGAGGUUGCAAGGUAUACUCAUUGGCAAGGAGAAACGCCCAGAAUACCAAGAUGCUGUGGUCAAGCGGACAUUCGCCAUCUUCCUCAACACACUGUCAGAUCCUUCCUUCAAGAAACGUAUGGAUGCCGACCGAAGAGCCGAAGACUUGGUGCUAAUAUUCUUCUCCAAUGCAACCAAAGAGCUACAACGAGGCAAGCCUCCUGGCGAUGAUGGCGUCAAGCGCAUGGUCGACCGUCAUGUCGCCCUGUUCGUCCGGCUUCUGACUAUAAUCUUGAAGGAUCGAGACUGGGCCAAAGACAAGCCCGAAUUGGCAUCCCGACUACAUACACUCGAGUCGAAACUGCUCAAAGGGGAUGAAAAUCUGGCCACUUCGCAAUCCGGCGGACAGAUUAGUGUGGUUGAGGAAAUGAUACCCCUCAGCUACAAUGUCAGGGACAUGCCUUUGGUCCAAGUAGUCGGCCGAUUGUUUGGCUUGACCAACACGAUGAUGCAGUCCGACAUUGACAAACAUAAGCCUGUGUGGACAGAGAAAGCCGCUCUACAGGACCUUAAGACGUAUCAGCAACAUCUUAACCUUGGCACGAAGCUGACGCUCAGCGCUCAUGACUUCGACACUCAAGAAGCCUAUGAAACCUGGAAAAAGACCGAAGGACCCGAUCUAUCGCAGCUUAUGCUUGCAAUUGUACAGGCCAAUCCCGAUCUAGCCAAGAGUACUCCAGGUGGAAGUCUUCCUCAGUUUAACUCCCAGACCUCGAGUCCAGGCUCUACUGAGUCUCAUUAUGCGGAGGUCUCCAAGCUCCUUUCCCAGGAGUCUUCUUCCUAUGUCUUGGAUCUGCCGGCAGAUCUAGGCUCACUUGAUUUGAAUGCCGACUCGGCCAAACGUGACAGUGAUCCGGGGCAGGUCUACACUUUUAUUCCUUCAGAUGCCAGAGCCAUGUUCCGGUUUAUAAUGUUACAAGCCCUUUCUUACGACCUUAAUGAUAAGACGAAUGACGGAGCCAGCGGUCAACUGUUUUCGAAAAAGACCGCGGAAUUGCUCAAUGAGAUUGCUUUGAGAUGGCGAAUACCCAAAUUUACUCGAAUUGUGCUAUUUCUGGAUGUGGUGCGGGAGAAGUUUGUUGAAAAGGCUAUCAGUUUGGAAAUGCUCGAUGCAGCCUUCAACUAUGUGAAGGAACCAUUACAGGACGAGCCAAAGAAUAAGAGAGCUUCUCUUAUCAUGACCUCGGUUCUUUAUGAUCGAUAUAAUUGGACAAUGUCCGAUUUUGCCCUGAUGGGCAAGCUACUCAGCGCACUACAUGAGGCAAUGCUUCGUGAUCUGUACGAGAGCAUCAUGACUGCCUAUGCCGACAAAGCUCAAUUGCCCAAGCUUGGGAUGAUCCUGGCAAUCAUUGACGAGCACAUCAAGAAUGAUCCUAAUUUCACGCAAAACUCCGACGACUUUGAGAACUUUAAGAACGCCGCCAUUGAUGGUUUAGCGGUCGAAGCUCGAAGGCUAUACGACAACCUUCUAGAUCGGGAGUUGCCUCAGGAGAAUGAAAAGUGGGAAUUCUACCACAUUCAACAGGUGGCAACAGGUGUCUUGAAGCUUGCAGAAAAAGUGCAGAAGAGAUUCAGAAAGAAUCCCGAGAUUCUCGGCAUCAACCCGUUGAUGAUUCUGCUCAAUUGCACUUUACCUGCAUUUGCGGAGGACUCCAAAGCCAUGGUGGAGCAAAUUCUGAACACCUCCCAAAGGAAUGGCUUCGAUAUCCCUAUUCAAGAUGGAUUUGACCUAUACAAGGAGCUCAGUGAAUUCCGUCGCGUACAUGCAGACGCUCUCCCCCACCGUGAAUUCCCCUACAAGCUAGAAGACGUACUGGCGGAUUUUGUCUGGAAAUGGAUUCGGACAACCGAAGAACAAGUCAUUGGGUGGGUCGAGAAUGCCGUCAAGCAUGAUCAAUUUGCUGUUCGAACACAACAACCUGGGCAGGUGCCGACAGAAGACGAGCGCCAUUCUACUUCUGUGAUGGAUAUCUUCAGCUCCUUCAACCAGAUCAUCGAUCAGAUUAGCCAGCUGAACUGGGACGACGAUCUGACCUAUGCCAAAUUCAUGACGGCAAUAUCCAAAGCCAUCGGCAAUGGGGUUGCUAGAUACUGCGAGCUUCUGGACCAGAUGUUCAGCAAGGAGAUGGACAGACUGACUCCUGAACAAGAAGCAGCUGCCAACAUGACACGACAGGAGAAAUGGGUUCAGCUGGCGAAGGAUACAUGGAACAACAAAGAGAGGGUGGAGCCCUUCCAAUUCUACCCCCAGUCUUUUGUCAAGCUGAACAAUAUCUCCUUUGCGAUCCAACAAUGGGACAAGCUCGAGCAGGAAGUCAAUGUGGAUGCUUGUGCUGAAGUGGUGAAAAAGUACGCGCCUCCUGCUGCCCAAAGGCCUCGAAAGACAUCGAAUUACGUUUUCACCAUUAAGAUCGUGGAAGCCGAAGAUCUUAAGGCUUGCGAUGUCAAUGGCUUUAGUGAUCCGUACGUGGUCUUGACAGACGAAUAUCAGAAGAGGCUGUCCAAGAGCAGGAUAGUGUACCGAAACCUGAAUCCACGGUGGGACGAAUCGGUAGAUAUCACAACGCAAGGACCGCUCAACCUCAUCGCCACAAUCUGGGACUGGGACGCAGUUGGCGACCAUGAUUAUGUCGGACGAACUUCCCUCAAACUGGAUCCAGCUCAUUUCAGUGACUUCCUGCCUCGAGAGUAUUGGUUGGACCUGGAUACCCAAGGGAGACUUAUGGUUCGUGUCAGUAUGGAAGGAGAGCGUGAUGAUAUUCAGUUCUACUUCGGCAAAGCGUUCAGAAACCUACAGCGAACUCAACGAGAUAUGACCAGGAAGAUCACUGACAAGCUGUCCGCUUACAUCAACUAUUGCCUCUCCCGACGAGCCUUACGAUCGUUGCUCAACCGCGGUAUCUCAAUCUCCUCAGUAUCCAAUUACUUUGCGCGCAACCGUGCAUCGGCCGUACCUACCUCAGCCAUGCCAACCAACGCGGAAAUCGUCAACGCCCUCAAGCCCCUCUUCGACUACUUCGAUGACAACUUUGCUAUAAUGCAGCAAACACUAACAUCCGAAGCCAUGAUUGCCGUCAUGACACGUAUAUGGAAAGAAGUCCUCGUCACAAUCGAAGGCCUCCUCGUCCCUCCCCUAUCCGACAAGCCCUCGCAACAAAAAGCACUAACCCAGCAAGAACUCGACAUUGUCUUCAAAUGGCUGCAAAGCCUGUUCGAAUUCUUCCACGCCGUUGACGAGGAGACUGGCGAGGCGAACGGCGUCCCCGUCAACGUCCUCAAGAAUCCCAAGUACCAUGAACUCCAGAUGCUGAAUUUCUUCUAUUUCGAGCCAACGGAUGGCCUUAUCCGGGAGUCCGAGCGUAUGGCCAGCGCAACUGCCGCGAGCCAGCAAAUGCAGCGCUCAAGGUUUUCAGCACCCGCGAAUCUAGGCCAACUCGGUGGCGGGGGACUGCUGAGCCCUGGCGGCAUGGCUGGCGCACGGCGUGCUAAGAGCAUCAUGUUGUCCCGGAAUCUUGGGACCAUGCGCAAGGCGAAGGAGGAGAAGUGGAAAGCCGCACAGGCCGAGCCUAACGAUGAUAUGAUCCUGCGCAUUCUCAGGAUGAGGCCGGAAGCGGCCGGCUACCUAAGGGAUCGGUCGAGGCAGAAGGAGCGUCUUGCGGCGGCUGCUGCUGCGGAAAUGAUUGUCCGCCAAAGUUUGCUUGCUGGUGGAGGGAGAAUGACUGGGCCGAGUGUGAUUAGAAGGUAGUACUGUUGGAUAGGAUGCCUGUCUGAAGGGCUGAAUGUUGUAGCGUUGAGCUGUGGGUUGGUAUGACUAUGCAAGGCGCUGAUGGAGCAUCUAGUAAUUGAUAUGAUCACCGACGAUAGGAGCACCCUAAUGGCCCCUGUGGGAUGAUGGUCAUGAUAACUUUGGCAGAAGGAUCACCGGCCGUAGGUAAAGCUGCCCGACGAGUUCGUAGCAUGGUGACAAUAGUUAGUCCUCUUAGAUCCACUCGUUAGUCAAGAUCUCGACUAGACUCGUCAGUCGGUACUGUCG